GCGAGUCUCUCUGCUGUCUCCGAUACCCUCUUUUAUCCUCAUAAAAGGAGAGAGAAAGAAGACAGUUGAAGAAAGUUGGGUUGGGGUGGACGGACCGCCAUUAUUUGGAGGCUUGAAAAACCACUUUCACCCUCACGCACAAUGUAAAUAUCUUAGUUUAGUGACAUACUUGGCCCAGAUUAUUUGUGAUCUGGCUACGAAACUGGAUGUUGAGUCUCGCGGUAAAUGCAUUGCUGCGUGCCGUCUGCAUAUGUCGGUGAAAUCAGCAUUUUAUGGCCACAAUAAAGGGCAUUACAAUUAACCAAAACCAAUGUGGUUAGGCCAUAGGAAGGUAUUAAAACAAGCCAUUUUCUCCGCGGAAACAACUGGCCUCCAAUAAAGGACAUUUCUUUGUUUGGAUAUGGUAAGCCUUCGGUGGAUUUUGAGAGCCGUUUCUAUACUUGCGUCUGACCAAAUAUCUCUUGGAAACUGCAAGUCUGUCACGCCACUGAAACAAAAAUAAAAGAACCUGCGAGGGAUUUAAUGUCAUCGGCCUUUUGUGCAGUCUUGUGGCCUUUUCCUUCUCUCUGGUAUAUACCAACGUUGGCCGAGCUGGUUUUAAGCCUUCUCCCGCUGGCCUGAAAGAAGAAGAGGCUUUCAGAAGGGACGGAGAAAGACACCGGUUCACCCCAAUUCCUGCCUCCAUCAACUUCACUCAGGUCCCCCUGCCUGACCCUGAUACCCCAUAAAAUGGGCAGUUUUCUUGACCACAUAGGAUGAUUGAAGCAUUAAAGCUAAAGCAUCAAUUAUAAAUCAUAUACAGGGCCCUGACUGUCAAGCUUUGGCCCAUGGCAAGAUGAAUGCCUGCAUACGAUGAUGAUGGCUAAAAAGCAAGAAUCCCGGAUGCCUAUCUACAACCUAGUUGUUGUUGGUCUGUCAGGUACUGAGAAGGAGAAAGGCCAAUGUGGAGUUGGCAAAUCCUGUCUUUGUAACCGCUUUGUCCGUCCUAGUGCAGAUGAAUUUCAUCUUGAUCACACUUCUGUUCUAAGUACCAGUGACUUUGGUGGCCGGGUUGUCAACAAUGACCAUUUCCUGUUCUGGGGAGAGGUGGGGCGAGUUUUGGAAGAUGGGGCAGAGUGCAGGAUGCAUGUGGUGGAGCAGACAGAAUUCAUUGAUGACCAGACAUUUCAACCCCAUCGCAGCACAGCCUUGCAGCCUUACAUCAAAAGAGCUGCCUCCACCAAACUGGCUUCUGCAGAAAAACUCAUGUACUUCUGCACUGAUCAGUUGGGGCUGGAGCAGGACUUUGAACAGAAGCAAAUGCCAGAAGGAAAGUUGCAGGUGGACGGCUUUAUGCUUUGUGUGGAUGUCAGUCGUGGGAUGAACCGCAACUUUGAUGACCAAAUGAAAUUUGUCACCAACUUGUACAAUCACUUAAGCAAGACAAAAAAGCCUAUUGUACUGGUUCUCACUAAGUGUGAUGAAGGGGUGGAGCGAUACAUCAAGGAUUCUCAUACCUUUGCCAUUUCAAAAAAGAACUUGCAGGUUGUUGAGACUUCGGCAAGGUCCAAUGUCAAUGUUGACUUGGCUUUCCUUACUUUGCUACAGCUCGUUGAUAAGGGAAGAGGUAAGCCCAAGAUCAUACCUUAUUUUGAGGCAUUAAAACAUCAGAGUCAACUAAUUGCCUCUACAAAGGAUCGCUAUGAGUGGUUGGUGAACCAAAUCGUGAAGAAUCACAAUGAAACUUGGCCCAACAUCAGCCGAUGUAUGCAAACCUCAACUGAAUACAAGGAGUAUGUUUUUUUAGAAGGUACAGGUAAGGCCAAGAAGCUAUUUCAACAACAUAUUCACCGGCUAAAGCAGGAGCACAUUGAAAGGCGUCGCAAAGGAUAUUUGAGCACUCUUCCACUUGCCUUGAAUACCUUGGUGUCUGAGUUGGAUGAAAUUGAGCAUUUGAGCUGGUCUGGGGUGCAGAAGGUCCUUGAGUCCAAAAAAGACUUUGAUCAUUGGUUUGUGGUACUGGAAGAUGCGCCAUGGGAGGAAACACCACAUCUUGACAACCUGGAGGAUGAUCGAAUUCCUUUUGAUGUAUUAGACACAACAGCUGCUGAAAUAAUCUUUGAUGCACACCUUGAACACCUGCGCAAUGAAUGCAAGCGUGCUCAGAUGCGACAGGAGUUCAAAGCUAAAUUGGCAUCUUCACCUUUUGUUACCCCUGGCAAGCCCUGGGAAGAGGCCCGCAGCUUCAUCAUGAAUGAAGACUUCUACCAGUGGCUUGAGGAGCCUGAAUAUUUGGACAUUUAUAACCGGCACCAAAAAGCAAUCAUAGACAGAGCAAAAGAGGAUUUUCAGGAGCUUCUACUGGAAUACUCUGAGCUUUUCUAUGAACUUGAGGUAGAUGCCAAACCUAGUAAAGAGAAGAUGGGAGCAAUUCAGGAAGUGUUAGGAGAAGAACAACGCUUCAAGGUACUGCAUAAAUUGCAAGCUGAAAGGGAUGCUUUAGUGUUGAAACACAUUCAUUUUGUGUAUCACCCUACUAAAGAAACUUGCCCUAACUGCCCACACUGUGUUGAUAACAAAAUUGAGCAAAUACUAGCUUCAUACUUUCCCACACGAUACCCUUUCUUUGGAAAGUCCCACGUGACUGAUGGAAAGGUCGAUAGGAUAAAUCUUGUUAUACUUGGCAAAGAUGGUCUAGCUAGAGAAUUAGCCAAUGAGAUUCGGGCUUUGUGUACUAAUGAUGAUCAUUAUGUGCUUGAAGGUAGAAUGUAUGAACUUGUCCUUCGGCCCAUAGAGGGCAAUGUUAGACUUCCUGUUAACUCAUUUCAUACAGCCACAUUCACUCCUCAUGGAUGCCUGUGUUUGUACAAUUCAAAAGAUUCAUUGUCAUAUAUUGUAGAAAGUAUUGAUAAGUUGCGAGAGUCCACGCUUGGCAGAAGGGACAACCAUAUUGCUCAGCUUCCUCUGUCACUCUUGUUAGUAACCAAAAGAGGUGUUGGAGGACUGGGUGAUAUUGGUGGAGAGACUGCCCAAACAUUAAUCCCACAGGGUCAGCAGGUAGCCAUAAAACUGCAAUGUAACUACCUGGAACCAGCCACUCCAGGCACUGGCUAUGGUCGAAAUGUGAAUGAAAGGCAGAUCAACCAGGUCUUGAAAGGUCUACUUGAAACUAGGAGGACUUCUACAUUCCAUAGCUGUUCUCCACCUGCACCCCCACUUCCUCCAUGUAUUAGAGACUUACAGCAGGACCAGAGCCCAGAGGCUGAAUUGCGUAUUGUGUUGUGCCUGAUGUGUGGAGACCCUUAUGACACUGAUCAACUUCUUGCGCCAUUCCUGCACCCUCAACAUUGCAAGCCGACCUCUCCUCUGGCAAGUGGUACUUCGGUACUGCUUGAACAGACUAUUGGUGGCCACAAGCAUACAAUUGAACUAUUCCUACUGUCAUACCAUGCUGCUUUUGCCACACGUAAGAGUCGGCUGGUGCAUGGCUACAUUGCUGUAUACUCUGCCUGUCGUAAGGCUUCUUUUGAAACUCUGUGUGCCUUUUUGUGCGAGGUUCAGGACAUUAUCCCAAUUCAGUUGCUUGCAGUGGAAGAAACCCAGGCUGAGCUUAUAGACUCUGAGUCUGCUCAUGAGUUUUUAGUCCAAGGUGAAGAACUGGCCCAUGAAAUUGAGGGACGGUGGUGCAGUCUUGUUUGUGGCCCUGGUGGAGUUGUUGGAGGGCUACACAAAAUAGACCUCUUGGAAUCAUUUUUCAAAGAGGUAUUAGAAAAGAAAACCAUUGUUGAGGCCAGCCACAUGUAUGAAAAUGUUGCAGAAGCCAGUAGCACAAACGAGAAUGUUUAUUCACCACACUGUGGCUCCCCUAGCCCUGUCACAAUGCUGUUAGAUUCUGAGGAAGACAUGGAAGCUUCCCCGCCUUACCAUGAUGGCACACUAACCUCUCAUGGUGGAUUCAAACUACCUGACUUGGACUCAGGUGACACACUCUCUGUAAUCUCUGACCUUAGCACUUUUGAGAACAAGCUAAACAAUAAAAUCCCUCCACAAGUGAGACCCAAACCUAGUGUCACAUUUGACCUCAGAAAAACAAAUUUCAGCCCUUAUGUGGAUGCAGUCAGCCAACGGCGGUCUCUUACCACCAAUGUGACAUGGCCUCUAGGAGGAGAUUACGAUCCUUCAGACUAUGCUGAGCCAAUGGAUGCUGUUUCUAAGCCACGCCCCAGCUAUGAGGACAGCAUAUACUCUGUACCACAUGACAGCACACAGGGCAAAAUUAUUACCAUCCGCAAUUCCAAUAGGAUGCACUCCAAUGGAGUAGGCAAUGGAUCGGACAGUGAAGGGGAUGGCAGCUCUUUGGAGAGACGUUGCAAGUUGCAAGCAGCGAGGGUGAAGCCACAACUCUAUCGUGAUCGUUCUAAACGACUGGGGAAGUUCAGUACUUUUCGCACUAGUUUUUCCAUUGGUAGUGAUGAUGAGAUUGGCACCCUUUCAAGGUCAAAAGAAGAUGAUGUUUCAGGACUGAAAGGAGACAUACUCAAUGAAGAAGGCGAAGAUCCCAAAAAGAGGAACAUACUGAAAAGUCUUCGCCGACCAGGAAAAAAAACAAGACCAAAGCCUCGACAUUCUAUCUCUAAGCCUUUGGAGAGUAACUACUUUGGGGUACCUCUGGUGAACGUGGUUUCCCUUGAAAGGCCCAUUCCACUUUUCAUUGACAAGUGCAUCCGUUAUAUUGAGACCACAGGUUUGACCACAGAGGGUAUCUACAGGGUAAGUGGAAAUAAGGCGGAGAUCGAGAGCGUGCAGAGACAGUUUGAACAGGACCACAAUCUGGACCUAGUGGAGAAGGACUUCACUGUGAAUACAAUUGCUGGGGCAUUGAAAAGUUUCUUCUCUGAGCUGCCUGAGCCUCUGAUUCCUUAUAGCUCACAGGUGGAGCUGGUGGAAGCUUUCAAAAUUAAUGACAGAGAAAAGAGGCUACACACUAUGAAGGACGUGCUAAGGCGAUUUCCCAGGGAGAAUUUUGAUGUCUUCAAACAUGUUAUGAGCCAUCUAAACAAGGUUAGUCAGUGGAACAGAGUCAACUUAAUGACCAGUGAAAAUCUAUCCAUCUGUUUCUGGCCGACACUGAUGCGGCCAGACUUCACCUCUAUGGAUGCCCUGACAGCCACACGCACCUACCAGACAAUCAUCGAGAUAUUCAUCCAUCAGUGUGCUUUCUUCUUUUACAACCAACCUCCGGCUGAGUCACCCACUGGCCCCUUUGGAACCCCUGGACCACUGGUGCCCUCUGGAUUGCCCCCAUCCCCCACAACUGCCCCUUCUUAUUGCCCUCUGACCCCACAUUUUACCCCCCUUUUGCAAUCCCCCCCACAUUCUCCCCCUCAGAGCCCACACACAGUCCUUGAAGAACCACAAACACUGUGAGUGGGGGAAAAUGCAGCCGAUGAUAUAAGUGAAUUGUACACACACACUACAAUGCAUGCAUACACAUCUACAUUCACAUAUUAGCCCUGCACACACACAGACAUUUAAAUGCCUCUAACACAUGUAGCUUGUUUAGGUCAGUGUUGUAUGUGAAAAAAGUGUGCUGAUCUCUCAGUACUUGUAUUUGGGAAGGAGUUGGUGAUCAUCUACAGUUACUUACACAUCAAGCAAUCCAAACACUCACCAGAUGAAGGUCUGUGCACUUAUGAGCACUUAUACAUUCUUUAAAAGCCAGCAAAGGCUAGUGUUUGUGAUUGCCAUGUCAGCACUGCCCUCAAUAUAGUUUAUUACAAAAGGGGGAUGUUCUUAUUUUCCAGAGUGUGAACAUACGUAGAUGUUUUAAUCAAAAAGGAAAUGAGCAGAUUUGAAGGACUUGAAGAUCUUCCUGCUUGCUCUUUCUCACUGCAUACUAGCCAACCUAUGUUGUUUUUAAAACUAUCUGUGUAUCUGAUAUCUUUCUAUCUGUCCCUUUUUCUAUUCUGCUUAUCUUUUUCUAUCCACCAAUGCCUCUCUUCCACCAUCUAUCUGUCUACCUUUUUUAUAUGGAACUGUAGUAAAUGGGACACUAUAGUCAUGAAAAAUCAUUAGUACUUAAUGAUGUUCAACCUUCCAUCAUAAAGCAUUUUGGGAGAAUAAUAGAAUUAACUUAAUUUUCCCUCUUUUCUCCCCUUUAUUUCAAGAAAAUGAAAUCACUUUAGCUGCAAACAUAUUCAUCACUUUGCCUGGCUUUUGUGUUCAACACUACCAUCAUUGGUUUGUAUCCUAUGGAAAAAAUUCUGAAAAGAUAAAUGCUAUGGAUUUUGGAGGAUUUUUUUUCUCUUGCGUCCGAGACUUGACGUUCUGACACCUAAUAGGCCAGAAGGUGAAGUUGAUGAGGAUUUGCUUGGCUGAGUGGCUCCUGUGAAUUUUUUCUGCCUUCAAGCCUUUUCUUGAAGGCUGGGAUUUAAAUGGCAUUGAUAUCACAUGGUUUUAGGGAAUGCAUUUCCAGUUAGCACUGGUGAGGGGCUCAAGAUCACUAAGACUUCAGAUUUACUCUGACCUUGAAACUCAAAACUCUCUCACCCUAAUUUUGGACUCAAUUUCAAAAAUGUUUAUGUCGAAGGCCUUUCAUUAAUGACAAAUCUGACUGUUUUUAAAAAACGUCAUUGUUUUUACUUCAUAGACUAAAGCACUUUUUUGUCUUUUUAUAAAGACUAGUUGUGAAUUGCAACACUGACGACUGGUUGGUUUAAAAUGUUGCCACCAUGUUUGAAGGAUCAAAAAACUUGGAGUGAUCAGACAGAGAUUAGUCCUAUUCUUGGACUAAAUUUCCAUUUUUGUUCUUAUUUUAUUUUUAUGAUUAUCCAUCUUUAUCUGCUAUGAGUAUUUUUGGACCUGUUAUACAGCCUGAAUUUUAACUAACAUGGACCUUAUAGUCAUAUCACAAUUUUUGUAUUGUCAUCUUCAUGUAACUGGAUCAGAAUGACAAAUUUGGCCUUUUCUGCUUUUAACAUCUCAUGAUUUGUCUAAACUCGUCUGGACAAAUCCAUAAUGUAUAAAGAUACAAUAUUUCAUUGUGUGUAGAUUGUAUGUAUAUUACCUAAUUACCUUAAUAUUUUCUCUUAAAACAUGAAUCUUCUGAAGUGAAGGAAAUUAUUCCUAAAUGUGUUUUGCUUGCAUAUGCCACUUCCUAUUUCUAUCCAGCCAAGGUAGAAAAGCUGAAGUACCAAAGUAGUGCAAUGUGGUGGAUGAGGGUUCAACACCAGUUGUAAAUAUUUUGAUGACGGGGUUGGGGAUGAGUAUUUCAGAUUCAACUCAAAUACUUGACAAAUAACCCAUGGCAAGUCCUUGAUGAUUUGAAAAUGUUUUUUGUUCAUUGUCUUCAUUCUGUGUACCUGCUGCUUUUCUACCAGGCUAAACAAAUAUGAAUUCAUCCCAGCUUUACUUGAAGUGUACAAUGUUUCUUUCAUAUUGAACUUUCCAGCAAGCUGCCUGAAAGCUCUAGAAUUACUGUAGUAUCUAGUCUGGAUGUUGAUACAGCCAUUUUUGUCUGUAAUGGUUAUCAUAAUGGUUGAAGAUUUGAGGCCCCUGAAGAGUGCCACAAAAUGUUCUCUUUUUAAGUAGAAGUGUUGAUAUAGAAGUAGAGCUUCUUUGGAUUAUUUCCACAAAAAAAAUGUGAAAAUGUGAUCAUUUCCUGUUCUUCGUUGCUUUGUGUUGAAUCCAGAAUGUAGAUUACAGGCUACACUCCAUUGGUUGUGGUUCUGCAGCAUUGGGAGUAAUAUAUAAACAAUGUGUUUUAUGUUGCGCUUCACAACAUCUAACCUGCUGAGUUUACAUAUGUUUGCACCCUGAAAUUUUAUAAAUGAACCCUAGCAACUAGUAAGCGAGCCCAAGGCAAAAUCCUGGGGUAGAUGUGACCGUUAUGGCAAUUCUUAUGCCACUGUAUUAAUUGAUAAUUAUCAUUAUAAUACUCAUUAAACCAUUUCUUGCACUUUUAAAUAUGUAAUUUACCAUGACUUUAUCAGAAUGACUGAGAUAUGUGUAUUUUGUUUUCGUGACCUAGCGAGCAUUUAAAGCUUGUUUGACCCUUUUUUUUUUUUUUUUUUUUUUUUUUUUUUUUUUUAAAGCCUCUGAGUUGAAGUGUAUAUGUUUUGGGUUUUAGCUCACAUAAACUAAUAUCAGUGUAAUCAGAAGGAAGUCUGACCAAGUUCAGCUGUAUUACUUUGGGGUCUAAAUACAAGCUUAGAUUGGACACAAGAGCCAGUCGAUGCUAAUUUCACACUUUUGGCUCUAUGAGAAUGAAUGUUGUACUGCCCUCUUGUGGCCAUAAUUUCAUCAGCAGGUAUGAGUUUGUUUAAUUGGAAAGAAGUGCAUUUCCUAAUAUACAUAACAAAUCUGAAAAAAUAUAAAUAAUGAGAGAACCCGCUCACAGCCGCUUAUUUUUUUAUGUUGGCUGGUCUGUUGAAAAAGGAUCUGUAAUCUGUACUCUAAAGAUUUCGUUUUUUAUCAUUUGCUCUGUUCUCCGUACACCUACCACCCCAUUACACCCCCUCCUUGUGUCUUUUGUUUGUAUUUAAUUGGUAGAGAAGUGCUUUCUGCUGUGAACAGUUGGUUUAUUUCCUUUAACGUGGGAAAGAGACAGCUUUUGUUUAACUUAAAAAUGUAUUUGUUUAGGAGUGAUUUGAGAGACAUUUAGCUGACAGUAUGGCUGUAUAAUGUGGCUCUUUUAAUUCAAGCAACAACAAUUUGUUGUGUUUGAGGUGAAAAACACUGCCUUUUAGUUGGACGUGUUUGUUUCAUAUUUGAACAGAAGACAAGGCCAGGCUACCUUAGUAGCAUGCAUGACUAAAGAUCUAUACAGGGAGAAGUUUUUCAUAUGUUUUCAGUAUUUCAGAAUAUGAGCCUGAUUAAAAAUAUAUAUUAUGAGAAAUAAUGAAAAAACAUCAGCAACAUGAUCCUGUUAUGAAAGAGGGUCAGGCUUUAAAUAAACUGAACAACAAACAAUAAAUCAAUUUUGUAACAUGA